UGAUACGUGCGCUCGAUCGAGCUGGGAGCAGUCGGAGUCAUCGUUCCGGCCAGAGCGGGUCCGAGAUCUUCACGUAGGUGGACGAUGUUCUUCUUAAUCCUCGCCGCCGCGCUUCUGCCCGCGGGCCUCUCGGCUCCCGUGGCCGACUGCGACACGUUGACCCGGCGGGUGCAAAUCCGAGGACUUGACCAGUUCUUGGGCGUGUGGACGUAUGCGGCAGAAAGUACCAACAUGCCAGGAUCCAAAAUCCUCACCAAGACCUUUGUGGACAACGUGUGGGGGAAGAUCUACCCGGCCAAUGAGAGCGACUCCUUCUUUGUGUUUCAAGUUCAAAAAAUGUUUGGCCGCUGCUACAGUGUCACUUCUAAGUUGACCUUGGUCAACAACACUCUCCACAUGGAGCAUCCCAUUUCCGCUACUGAGGUUCUCAUUACGACCAGCUGCCCGGACUGCAUCCUUCUUCUGUCCAAUUACACCCUUGGAGAAAGCGUGUACAGGGGCAUACAGCUUCUGACCAGGAGAGCCAAGGUGACAACUGCUGAGAUGGACGAGUUUAAGAGGCAGGUGGCAUGUCUGGACUUACCUUCGCCCGCUAUCCUGGACGCAGACAAAGGUUUUUGUUCAGAUGGAUCAGCUUCAAAAGACACCGAGACCACUGAUCUGACCUCCAUGCUCAGUCAAGCCGACCCGGAGUACAUGAAAGCUUUGGACAAUCUGCUCAGCAGUCAAGGCGGAAUAAAAACAAUUCUGCAAUUUAUUGCCAGCUAAAAAAACAAAACUAAACUUCUUGUUUAAUAUGAAGAGGUCGCGUUGACCUAGACUGAGUUGUCAAUAAAAAUGAUAACAGGU